AUGCGCAUGCAAUUCUGGAGAGAUACCGUGACGAAAGCAUUGGCUGGCACACCUCCGAAAGAGCCAGUCGCCAUACUGCUAGCACAAGCAGCUGAGGACCUGCAUGAGCGAUCUGGUGGGAAGGCGCGACUGAGCAAGAACUGGUUCCAUCGCAUCAUCAACACGAGAGAACAAUAUCUAGGGAACCCACCGUAUCCCACGUUGAGCGCACUGGAAAGCUAUGCGGAGAAUACAUACUCGACCAUGUUGUAUCUGACGCUGUCAGCGCUGCCCCAGGCCUCGCUCACCACCGACCACAUCGCAUCGCAUAUCGGCAAGGCCAUGGGCAUCGCAGCCGUACUACGAGGCAUUCCACUCAUCGCGUUCCCUCCACAACAGCCACUAGGCACCAGCAACUCCAUGACCGGGCAGUCUGGACCCACACAAGGCGCCGUACUCCUCCCACUCGACGUCAUGGCCGAAGCCAACGUCCGCGAAGAAGACGUCUUCCGACAAGGCGCUUCCGCCCCCGGUCUCCGCGACGCCAUCUUCACCGUCGCGACACGCGCAAAUGACCACCUCAUCACCGCCCGCGAGAUGCUGUCUAAGCUGCGAUCCGAAGGCACACUCGGCCACGACUUCGAACACCAGAAUGAGGAGGAACAUCAGUACAGCGCACAGCAGAUGAACACAGGGCAGGAGGCACAACUAGCGGAGGUCGAACAGGCAUUCGGUGUCUUUAUGCCGAGCAUAGCGACUCAGUCUUGGCUGGAUAGACUAGAAGGAGUGGACUUUGACAUCUUCGAUGCGAAUCUGAGGAAGGUCGACUGGAAGCUGCCCAUGAAAGCGUACUGGGCGUAUAGUCGGCGGAAAAUAUAA